UCUUCCUCAAAGUAAACAGAGAGAGAAGAGGCACUCAGUUUGGCUUUUACAAAUACAGUAAAACAAAAUACAGCGACAGCAAGUAGUUCAGCUGCCUUCUCUGCAACCCAAGUGGACCAGCCAUUUAUUGCUUUUACUGCCUUCCACCCCACCACCCCACAUCAGCCAUCCAUUGGCCAUCAUGGCUAAUUCAUGUGCCCAGGUCUUCGGCUGCAUCCUGGCGUGUUUUGGUCUGACCUGUUUGAUCGUGGGGACGUGUGUGAACGAGUGGAAGACGUACAGCCACAGCGUGGAGGGUCUGUUCAAAUCUUUCACCAUCAACAUGGGCCUCUGGAUGGAGUGCACUGUGCCCAGCACCAGCAAGCAAGAGUGCAGCGAGUUCGACUUGCUCGAGGUUCCAGCGGACAUCCAGGUGACGAGGGCCAUCAUGAUUGUCAGCAUCGUGCUGUCCAUGCUCGGCCUUGUGGUGACCGUCUUGGGCAUGAAGUGCACCCUGUGCCUAGAUACCGACGAUGCGCUGAAGGGAAAAGUGGCCUUCACAGGGGGGAUGCUCUUAAUCUGCUCAGGUGUGUGUGCCUUGGGCAUAGUCUCCUGGUACGCCAACGAUGUGGUAACGUCUUUCCACCACGACAGCGGAAAUGAAGUCAAGUACACCCUGGGCAAGUGCCUCUUCCUGGGCUGGGGCGGUGCACUGCUGUCCAUCAUCGGAGGAGCGUUUCUGGCCUGCUGCAGCCUGUCCAAGUCAUUCUCCCGCAGAGCCUACAUCUCCACCCCCAUGCAGCUGGUUACGGGGAAGGAGUACGUCUAGUAGAGCCUCCAAGGAGGACCAUGGUGCCAGGGCCCUUCGAGGCUAGGUAGGGGCACAGUAAUGUCAGACUGCAAUAUGACUCUCGAACCUGGGCUGUGUUAAAUGGUGAAAGGUGGUUAAGUUAAAAUGCAAUUGCUUGUAUCGUGUGUACAUGGUAUGUAUCUUUUCUGUAAUUUGUAAGUAAUCAUGAGGGACUAAUAUAGUAUGUUAAGACAUUCAUGAAUUGGCUCAGCUACCCUACCUGAGCUAUAGCAAUGCUGUAGUAGUAGAAGUACAGUAGGCCUCUUAGUAGCAGCUGCUUUAUUGUCACUAUAGAAAUACAGUGGUGUUUGGAAGCAAUCCACAGAUGAAAACGAAAAUAUAGGUAAAUUAAACAGUGUAACUAUUGUGUAUCAAUAUUUAAAAUGAAUAAAAAUACAAAACUUAAAACGUCACCAUAAAAUUAUGGAAAAAAUAUACAAUCAAGUGCUGAUUUGAAGGGUUCAAGUACUGGUGCAGGUGCAGGGUUCAAG